CCGGUGGGGCCGGCAGAGCCGCCCCAGGAUGCAGCCCCCCGCGAACGGCAGCGCGGGCCCCGACAACGCCACGCUGGAGAUGCUGCGCGACCCGGCCAUCGCGGUGGCCCUGCCCGUCGUGUACUCGCUGGUGGCGCUGGUCAGCAUCCCGGGGAACCUGUUCUCGCUGUGGGUGCUGUGCCGGCGCAUCGGGCCGCGCUCCCCGUCCGUCAUCUUCAUGAUCAACCUGAGCGUCACCGACCUGAUGCUGGCGGCCGUGCUCCCGUUCCAGAUCUACUACCACUGCAACCGCCACCACUGGGUGUUCGGGGUGCUGCUGUGCAACGUGGUCACGGUGGCCUUCUACGCCAACAUGUACUCCAGCAUCCUCACCAUGACCUUCAUCAGCGUGGAGCGCUUCCUGGGCGUCCUGUACCCGCUCAGCUCCAAGCGCUGGAGGCGCCGCCGUUACGCGGUGGCCGCGUGCGCCGGGACCUGGCUGCUGCUGCUGGCCGCGCUCUCUCCCCUGGCGCGCACGGACCUCACGUACCCGGUGCACGCGCUGGGCAUCGUGACCUGCUUUGACGUCCUCAAGUGGUCCAUGCUCCCCAACCUGGCCAUGUGGGCCGUGUUCCUCUUCACCAUCUUCAUCGUCCUGUUCCUCAUCCCCUUCCUGGUCACCGUGGCCUGCUACACGGCCACCAUCCUGAAGCUGCUGCGCACAGACGAGGCGCACGGCCUGGGGCAGCGGAGGCGCGCGGUGGGCCUGGCCGCGGUGGUCUUGCUUGCCUUCGUCACCUGCUUCGCGCCCAACAACUUCGUGCUCCUGGCGCACAUCGUGGGGCGGCUCUUCUACGAUAGGAGCUUCUACCACAUCUACAAGCUCACGCUGUGUCUCAGCUGCGUCAACAACUGCCUGGACCCCUUCGUGUACUACUUCGCUUCUCGGGAAUUCCAGCUGCGCCUCCGGGAGUACCUGCGAUGCGGAUGGGUGCCCGCGGACCCCCUGGACGCUCGCCCAGAGAGCCUCUUCUCCGCCAGGACCACGUCUGUGCGCUCCGAGGCCGGCACGCGCACAGAGGGGCCGGAGGGAGCCUCCAGGCCCAGCCUUAAGAGGCAGGAGAGCGAGUUCUGAGUCCUGGGGCGCAGCUUGGAGAGGCGGGGGCGCCGCUUGGAGAGCCGG